AUGGCUGGAAAAAGGAAACGAGCUAAUUCUUCUACUGACAAAAAGGAGCGAAGAUGGAGUGCUCGGGUUCAAGAGUUGAGACAAAAAGCUUUUGAUGAGAAGGAGCGCUUAGUACGCGAGAGGGUUAAACUCCUCAAUGACAAAAAGAGUGAAGAACUCUCUGUCGUCGAUGACUCUGAGUUACAUGAGAAGGAAGAGGCAACUGUCGACGGGAGCCCCAAACAAAGCACCUCUCCGAAGAAGCUAACUGCGUUGCAGAAAGGAAAGCUGAUUGCUUCUCUAAAUGUCAAGGACGUGGACGAGGACACGGACGCUCACCUCAAAGUCACCAAGUGUCUUAGGUUUUUUAACAAACAUUAUCUUCUUAGUGUCCAGAUGAUACAAUCCAAGGCGAUAUUGUACCCAAGAAAAAGGAUUGGUCACCUUCCAGGUAUUGCCGUUGGACAUCGGUUUUUCUCAAGAGCUGAAAUGUGUGCUGUAGGCCUCCAUAACCAUUGGCUAAAUGGCAUCGAUUACAUGGGAGUUGAAUACAAAAAAGAGUAUCGUGAAUAUGAACUUCCGCUUGCUGUUUCUAUCAUUAUGUCGGGCCAGUACGAGGAUGAUCUAGACAAUGCAGAUACGGUGACUUACACUGGCCAGGGAGGCAAUAAUUUAACUGGUAAUAAACGCCAGGUUAGGGAUCAACUGCUAGAACGAGGGAAUUUGGCUCUAAAGAACUGCUGCGAAUACCACGUGCCUGUCAGAGUAACUCGUGGUCACGCUUGCACAACUAGCUAUUCCAAAAAAGUAUACACUUAUGAUGGAUUGUAUGAGGUUGUGAAGUACUGGGCACAAAAGGGCGUUUCAGGAUUUACGUUUGACGUUUGUUUUUUGUCAUUGCAGGUUAACUUCGUUUGUGGACGCAUACCAAAGUCUACUUCAGAAAUUGAGGGCUUGGCAUGCGAGGACAUCUCUAAAGGGCUAGAAUUUAAGCCCAUUCCAGCCACCAAUCGUGUUGAUGAUCAACCAGUUUCACCAUCAGGUUUCACAUACAUCAAAUCUUUGAUGAUUGAACCCAAUGUCAAAAUUCCGAAGAGUUCAACUGGGUGUAACUGCCAAGGCAGCUGCACUGACUCAAAGAAAUGUGCAUGUGCUAAGCUUAAUGGAGGAAACUUUCCAUAUGUUGCCCUUAAUGAUGGCAGAUUAAUUGAGCCUCGAGAUGUUGUAUUCGAAUGUGGUCCACACUGUGGGUGUGGACCUGAAUGUGUCAACCGAACCUCUCAAAAGCGACUAAGAUUUCAUCUUGAGGUUUUCCGCUCGGCAAAGAAGGGUUGGGCAGUUAGAUCAUGGGAUUACAUACCCGCUGGGUCACCUGUAUGUGAGUACAUAGGAGUUCUCAGGAGAACUGCUGAUGUGGAUACUAUUUCUGACAACGACUACAUAUUUGAGAUUGACUGCCAACAGACUAUGCAAGGUCUUGAUGGAAGACAGAGAAGACUAAGGGAUGUUGCUGUGCCAACGAAUGAUAAAGUCAGCCAGAGCAGUGAAGAUGAGAAUGUGCCUGAGUUCUGCAUUGAUGCUGGUUCAAAAGGGAACGUUGCUAGGUUUAUAAAUCACAGUUGUGAACCAAACCUAUUUGUUCAGUGCGUUCUGAGUUCUCACCAGGAUCUUAGUCUUGCCCGAGUGGUUCUUUUUGCAGCUGACAAUAUUCCCCCACUGCAGGAGCUGACUUACGACUAUGGAUAUACUCUUGAUAGCGUUCAUGGGCCGGAUGGGAAUGUGAAGAAGCUCACUUGCUACUGUGGAGCGCUAAAUUGUAGAAAACGCCUUUACUAAGAAGGCUAUUGAUAACCUAAUUUUUUGGUCUCUCUAUUUUGGGGAGUACAUAGAUAGCAACUAUCUCCCAAGUGGAAGAACCCUUAUCAUCUUAUUUGCGGGUCUUUAGCAGCGUACAAUUAGUGCUGCCUUUUUGGGGCAUUGUUAGUGUCCUGAAAGCCUAUUUGGGGCAUUGUUAGUGUCCUGAACCCUUUUAAUGCCAGUGGCAUCUUAUUUAUCGGGUCAACAAUAUUAUAUAUCUAACUAGUUGAGUUUUUCUCAGUACUUCAUUUUCUUA